AUGGAGCCGGCCGCCGCGCUGCCCCCGGGCCCGGGCCCGCGCCCGGCGCUGCCCCUGGGCGAGUUCCUGCCGCCCCCCGAGUGCCCGGUGUUCGAGCCCAGCUGGGAGGAGUUCGCCGACCCCUUCGCCUUCAUCCACAAGAUCCGGCCCAUCGCCGAGCAGACGGGCAUCUGCAAGGUGCGCCCGCCGCCGGAUUGGCAGCCACCAUUUGCAUGUGACGUUGAUAAACUGCAUUUUACUCCACGUAUCCAAAGGCUGAAUGAAUUGGAGGCUCAGACACGUGUAAAAUUGAAUUUCUUGGACCAGAUUGCAAAGUAUUGGGAGUUGCAGGGAAGUACUCUGAAAAUCCCACACGUGGAGAGGAAGAUUUUGGACUUGUUUCAACUUAAUAAGUUAGUGGCAGACGAAGGAGGCUUUGCAGUCGUUUGCAAAGAUAGAAAAUGGACCAAAAUUGCCACCAAGAUGGGCUUUGCUCCUGGCAAAGCUGUUGGCUCACAUAUCAGAGGACAUUAUGAGAGAAUCCUCAAUCCUUACAAUUUAUUUCUGUCUGGAGACAGUUUAAGAUGUCUGCAGAAGCCAAACCUGACCACAGAUACAAAGGACAAGGAGUACAAACCCCAUGAUAUUCCCCAGAGGCAGUCAGUGCAGCCCUUGGAAACAUGCCCCCCUGCCCGCCGAGCCAAGCGCAUGAGAGCGGAGGCCAUGAAUAUUAAAAUUGAACCCGAGGAGAUGACAGAAGCCAGAACUCAUAAUCUUAGACGUCGAAUGGGCUGUCCAGCUCCAAAAUGUGAAAAUGAGAAAGAUAUGAAGACCAACAUCCAGCAGGAAGCCAUUGAGAAGAAAGACUAUAUUGUAGAAAGUGAAAAAGAAAAACCCAAGAGUCGAUCUAAAAAAACCACCAAUGCUGUUGACCUAUACGUGUGCCUCUUAUGUGGCAGUGGCAAUGAUGAGGACCGCCUUCUCUUGUGUGAUGGGUGUGAUGACAGUUACCACACUUUCUGCCUUGUCCCACCUCUCCAUGAUGUUCCCAAAGGAGACUGGAGGUGUCCGAAGUGUUUGGCUCAGGAGUGUAGUAAACCUCAAGAAGCAUUUGGCUUUGAACAAGCAGCCAGGGACUAUACUCUUCGUACUUUUGGGGAAAUGGCAGAUGCAUUCAAGUCUGAUUACUUCAAUAUGCCAGUCCAUAUGGUACCCACAGAGCUGGUUGAGAAAGAAUUUUGGCGCCUGGUAAGCACCAUUGAAGAGGAUGUCACUGUGGAAUAUGGUGCAGAUAUUGCCUCCAAAGAAUUUGGUAGUGGCUUCCCUGUCCGUGAUGGAAAAAUCAAGCUCUCACCUGAGGAAGAGGAAUAUCUUGAUAGUGGCUGGAACUUGAACAAUAUGCCUGUGAUGGAGCAGUCAGUCCUUGCCCACAUCACUGCUGAUAUAUGUGGCAUGAAACUUCCUUGGUUGUACGUUGGCAUGUGCUUUUCUUCAUUCUGUUGGCAUAUUGAAGAUCACUGGAGCUAUUCAAUUAACUAUUUGCACUGGGGUGAGCCAAAAACUUGGUACGGAGUCCCAGGGUACGCUGCCGAACAGCUAGAAAAUGUAAUGAAGAAAUUAGCUCCAGAGCUCUUUGUGUCGCAGCCGGAUCUGCUCCAUCAGCUUGUGACCAUCAUGAACCCCAAUACCCUGAUGACUCAUGAAGUGCCUGUUUACCGAACUAAUCAGUGUGCCGGGGAGUUUGUGAUCACGUUUCCAAGAGCCUACCACAGUGGUUUUAACCAAGGCUUCAAUUUUGCUGAAGCUGUUAACUUCUGUACAGUUGAUUGGUUGCCCUUAGGCCGCCAGUGUGUGGAGCAUUAUCGCCUACUUCACCGCUACUGUGUCUUUUCCCACGAUGAGAUGAUUUGCAAGAUGGCAUCCAAGGCUGAUGUGCUGGAUGUCGUUGUUGCUUCAACUGUCCAGAAAGACAUGGCAAUUAUGAUUGAGGAUGAGAAAGCUUUAAGAGAAACUGUCCGUAAACUGGGCGUAAUCGAUUCGGAGAGGAUGGAUUUUGAGCUGUUACCUGAUGAUGAGCGUCAGUGUAUCAAAUGCAAAACCACGUGCUUCAUGUCUGCCAUCUCCUGCUCUUGUAAGCCUGGAGUGCUUGUUUGCCUGCAUCAUGUGAAGGAACUAUGCUCCUGUUCUCCAUAUAAGUACAAACUGCGGUACCGAUACACUCUGGAUGACCUCUACCCCAUGAUGAACGCACUGAAACUUAGGGCGGAGUCCUACAACGAAUGGGCCUUGAAUGUGAAUGAAGCUUUGGAAGCGAAAAUCAACAAGAAGAAAAGCCUCAUCAGUUUUAAAGCUUUAAUUGAAGAAUCUGAAAUGAAGAAAUUCCCAGAUAAUGACCUUCUGCGUCACCUUCGCUUAGUCACGCAAGAUGCAGAAAAAUGUGCCUCUGUGGCACAGCAGCUGCUUAAUGGCAAAAGGCAAACUAGGUAUCGAUCUGGUGGAGGGAAAUCCCAAAAUCAGCUGACAGUAAAUGAGCUCCGGCAGUUUGUGACACAGCUGUAUGCUCUUCCAUGUGUCCUCAGCCAGACACCAUUACUAAAGGAUCUCCUGAAUCGUGUAGAAGAAUUUCAGCAGCAGAGUCAGAAGCUGCUUUCUGAAGAAAUGCCCAGUGCUGCUGAGCUGCAGGACUUGCUGGAUGUCAGCUUUGAGUUUGAUGUGGAGCUUCCACAGCUUACAGAGAUGCGUGUUCGUCUAGAGCAGGCCCGCUGGCUUGAAGAGGUGCAGCAGGCCUACCUAGACCCCACUUCACUGACGUUAGAUGAUAUGAGACGCCUCAUAGACCUAGGAGUGGGUCUGGCCCCGUACUCAGCAGUGGAGAAAGCGAUGGCACGGCUUCAGGAACUGCUCACGGUGUCAGAGCACUGGGAUGACAAAGCCAAGAGUCUUCUCAAGGCCAGACCUCGGCAUUCUUUGAAUAGCCUUGCUACGGCAGUGAAGGAGAUUGAGGAGAUCCCUGCAUACCUGCCCAGUGGCGCAGCUCUGAAGGACUCUGUGCAGAAAGCCAAGGACUGGCUUCAGGAUGUAGAAGCCCUGCAGGUUGGAGGACGUGUACCAGUUUUAGACACACUUGUAGAACUUGUUACCCGGGGCCGAGCUAUCCCGGUCCAUCUGAAUUCUCUACCAAGACUGGAGUUGCUAGUAGCUGAGGUUCAGGCUUGGAAAGAAUGUGCUGCUAACACAUUCUUGACUGAGAAUUCUUCAUAUUCUCUCUUGGAGGUUCUGUGUCCUCGGUGUGAUAUUGGCCUUUUGGGAUUGAAGAGAAAGCAGAGAAAGGUAAAGGAACCAUUGCCCAGUGGGAAGAAGAAAAACACCAGAUUAGAAAGUCUGAGUGACCUGGAGAGAGCUUUGACGGAAAGUCCAGAAACCGCUUCCGCUAUGGCGACACUCGGGGAGGCUCGCCUCAGAGAGAUGGAGGCCCUGCAGUCUCUCAGACUAGCCAACGAAGGGAAAGUGCUGUCGCCUGCUCAGGACGUGGAAAUGAAAGUCUGCGUCUGCCAGAAGGCCCCGGCUGCUCCCAUGAUCCAAUGUGAACUGUGCAGGGAUGCUUUCCACACAAGCUGUGUGGCUGUGCCCAGUGUCCCCCACGAUCUGCCCAUGUGGCUCUGUCCCCACUGUCGGCGGUCGGAGAAGCCACCGCUUGAGAGGAUACUGCCCCUGCUGGCAUCCUUGCAGCGCAUCCGAGUCCGCUUACCCGAGGGAGACGCACUUCGCUAUAUGAUUGAGAGAACCGUGAACUGGCAACAUAGAGCCCAACAGCUGCUCUCGUCAGGGAAUCUUAAGUUUGUGCAAGAUGGCGCAGGCUCCGGACUGUUCUCUAGCAGAUGGCAGGCUUCAGUGGCACAGGGGGCAGAGGCCAACAAGGUCUCUCAACCAACUGGCACAACAUCCUUUGCUUUGCCUGAAGAUUGGGACAACAGAACCUCAUAUUUACACUCUCCCUUCUCUACUGGUCGCUGUUGUAUCCCUCUUCAUGGUAUUAGUCCAGAAGUGAAUGAACUGUUGAUGGAAGCCCAGUUGCUCCAGGUAUCCCUUCCUGAAAUUCAGGAACUUUACCAGACUUUACUCACAAAACCAAGCCCUCCUCAGCAAACUGACCGGAGCUCACCAGUCAGACCCAGCAAUGAGAAGAAUGACUGCUGCCGAGGGAAGCGUGAUGGAGUCAACAGUCUCGAGAGAAAAGUGAAGAGACGUCUGGAAAGAGAGAGCCGCUCUAGCGAGCGGUGGGAUCGAGUUCAAAAAAUGCGGACCCCCAAAAAGAAGAAAAUCAAACUGAGCCAUCCAAAGGACAUGAACAGUUUCAAGUUAGAGAGAGAGCGUAGCUAUGAAUUAGUUCGUUCCGCUGAAACUCAUUCCCUACCCUCAGAUACAUCCUAUUCUGAACAGGAGGAUUCUGAGGAUGAAGAUGCCGUCUGCCCAGCUGUGAGCUGCCUGCAGCCAGAAGGAGAUGAGGUGGACUGGGUCCAGUGUGAUGGCAGCUGCAAUCAGUGGUUUCAUCAGGUCUGUGUUGGUGUUUCUCCAGAGAUGGCAGAGAAAGAAGACUACAUCUGUGUGCGCUGUACUGUGAAGGACGCACCAAGCCGAAAAUAAAAUACACAUGUACACAGACACACAGAUACAAACACACACACACCCUUAAUGUAAUUCAGGACUCCAACCAAGAAGAUUUCUUCAAUUUCUCAGCAAAACUACAGGACUGGUUUUUAAUCCAGCCUGUAAAAGGUGCUAUUUCUACUCCUUAUGGGAUCAUUUUUCCAGAACUCUUUGAAAAAAAGAAAAAAAAAAAACUAAAAAAAUUUUUGACACUUUUUGUAUUUUUUUCCUUAAAAGCUGUUUGUGGUGUUGAGGUUUGAAAUGCUGACUGUCUUUUGCAGGGGUUUCCACCAAUUUGGAAGUCGUUGGAGCGUGCACCUUCUCGUGUCUAGCAUUAAAAUCUUACCUCUGACUGGGAUUUACCGGCAUAAGAGUUUAACUCAAUUUCAGUGCCCAGAGGGGCACCAGAAAUUCCAGUAAAUCCUCAUUUGAGGAACUUCUCUCGUGUUUACUCUGUUACGAUAUUGGGGAACUUACUUUUUUCAUUUUGGGGUUUUUGUUUCCUUAUCCACUUUUCUUUUUUCUGGUAGACUAGGUUUAUUUAUCUAAGCAAUAACUUCUAUGUUGGUUUCAGUGGCUGGAAUUAAAACAAACAAAACAAACUUAUAAACAGUGUGUUGGUGCUUUAGCAAUUGGUCUGAUGUGCAGAAGGUGACUGUCGGUCACUAUUGGGCUGCUGAUGCCGGACCACGGAGGCUGCCCGGGAAGCCGCUGCCAGCGCUGCCCCUCAGCUGAUUUUCCCCUAUCCCCACCCUGCGCCCUGCUCCUUCCUGGUUUUUUUUUAUUUUUGGUAGCUUGUGUCAAAUGUUGCCAUUAUAUUGUGGAAUAAAUCCUUGGUCCUAAUAGAACACUAAAUGCUGGUCAUUUUAGAGCCGUCACCCUAUGCUGCUGCUGCCCUCUCCCUCAGUAGACUUUGAGGAGCCAGGGGUGGUUGGGGGGCUCGUAUUUGCUUCUGCCUGGCCAGGCUGCACACUAGAAGCGAUUUGUAUGUCUCUUGCUCUGGUCCCCACAAAUAAACAGUCCCCAACCCCUUUCAGACACGGAACCUGUCUCUGAAGCCAGGUUUAUUUUGCGUUUUUUUUUGGGAGGCAAUGGUUUCCAUCUUCCAGUCUGCCCUCUUUGGGAAUAAUAGUCUUUUUCUGUUGGAAUUGGUAGGGAAUCUGGUUUAGGGUAAAGGUGUUGAAAGUGAAUGCCACAUUUUCCGCCUUCCCAGUUUUCUUCUGUCUUCCUCGAUCUUGUGGGGGACAGUCCCUAGCUUUUCUUCCUCUUUUUAAGGACCCUGUUUUGCAGUGGAGAAAAUGUUCUGGUGAACAGAUUCUUGCUCGCUUUAUCCUGUUUUAUUGCUAAUAGAUUCCCCCGCACUCUAUAGCCAUAAACCUAAAGAUGGGUAGAACUGGUGGGUCUUUAAUAACACAACAACAACAAGACAGCAGUUUGUGAUGUAGCAGAGAUUUAAAUGUAUUAUCCCCUUUUCUGCAAUUAAAAUAAUUAAAUCUUUAAGAA